UCAAUUUCACCUAGGGGCGUGUUUUCGAAGAAACUACAUACAAACCAAGAAGAGCCAACGUUGCAUGUUCACGGCUACUUCUGGUGUAAGGACAUGGCGUCGUUAGCGACAGAGCCGGGAUUAAGCCCGAGUGCAAUACCUUCCGCGGAAUCUGUGGUACCAGCUUGCAUGUUCGCCCCGGACCGGGGAUGUGGAGAUGACCCAUGCGGGGCUGAGUGCUACGAUGACGGCGAGGAUACCAACGGCGACUCCAAGGAUCAUUUAGACUUUACUAGCAAGAUGGCUCUCGUCAGUCCCACAGGAGAACAGUACGACUCGUUACUACGGCAACUCCGGGAGAGGAUGGAAGAGGGUUGCGGAGAGACCAUCUACGUGGUGGGAGUAGGUUCAGACGGAGGAGAUUAUGGUCUGGAUGAGAAGGACAUGGAGGCGUCCGUGGCGACGGUCCAGUCCCUGUGCGAGCAGAGCGAGGCAGACCUCAUCCUGCUGAGAGAUCGCACGGACGCGGCCGGGCGGGUACGGGACUACCUCAUCCGGCGGAGGGUCGGCGAGCAGGACUUCCUGGAAGUCAGGGUGGCGGUGGUGGGGAACGUGGACGCGGGGAAGAGCACCCUGCUGGGCGUGCUGACGCACGGCGAGCUGGACAACGGGCGCGGCUUCGCCCGCCAGAAGCUGUUCCGACACAAGCACGAGAUGGAGAGCGGGCGCACCAGCAGCGUGGGCAACGACAUCCUGGGCUUCGACCACGAGGGCCAGGUGGUGAACAAGCCCGACAGCCACGGGGGCAGUCUAGACUGGACUAAGAUCUGCGAGAAGUCGUCCAAGGUGAUCACCUUCAUAGACCUGGCCGGCCACGAGAAGUACCUGAAGACCACCGUGUUCGGCAUGACCGGACACCUGCCCGACUUCUGCAUGCUCAUGGUGGGCAGUAACGCGGCAUCUGGCAUGACCAAGGAGCACCUGGGGCUGGCCCUGGCCCUCAACGUGCCUGUGUUCGUGGUGGUCACCAAGAUAGACAUGUGUCCUGCCAACAUCCUCCAAGAGACCCUGAAGCUGUUACAGAGGUUGCUCAAGUCUCCGGGCUGCAGGAAGAUCCCGGUGUUGGUGCAGAACAAGGAUGAUGUCAUCGUCACCGCCUCCAACUUCUGCUCUGAGAGGAUGUGUCCCAUCUUCCAGAUCUCCAACGUGUCGGGGGAGAACAUGGAGCUGCUGAAGAUGUUCCUGAACCUUCUCUCCUCCAGGACCUCCUACAGCGACGACGAGCCCGCAGAGUUCCAGAUAGACGACACCUACUCCGUACCGGGAGUGGGCACUGUGGUGUCGGGGACUACGUUACGUGGAUUGAUCCGCCUGAACGACACGCUGCUCCUCGGUCCCGACCCCCUGGGCAGCUUCCUCCCCCUGGCCGUCAAAUCCAUCCACCGCAAGAGGAUGCCCGUCAAGGAAGUGAGGGGCGGCCAGACCGCCUCCUUCGCCCUCAAGAAGAUCAAGCGCUCCUCCAUCAGGAAGGGCAUGGUGAUGAUCUCCCAGCUGACCCCUCAGGCCACCUGGGAGUUUGAGGCUGAGAUCCUGGUCCUGCACCACCCCACCACCAUAUCCCCACGCUACCAGGCCAUGGUCCACUGUGGCAGCAUCAGGCAGACAGCCACCAUCCUGACUAUGAACAGAGACUGUCUGAGGACGGGGGACAAGGCGGCGGUCCACUUCCGCUUCAUCAAGACCCCGGAGUACCUGCACCCAGACCAGAGGCUGGUGUUCAGGGAGGGCCGCACCAAGGCUGUGGGCACCAUCACCAAGCUGCUCCAGUCAGUCAACAGCCAGGCUGCCAAGGCCCAGCAGAUGAAGCUGCAGUCCAGUAAGAAGGCUCUGAAGGACGGCCAGGCAGCCAAUGAGGAGGCAGGGUCCACGGCACGGCCGGCCAGUCCCAACACAGGAUUGCUGCCGACAGUGGGGGAGGAGGAGGCCCCAUGUAAGGACAGCAACAAGGAGAACAAGCCCAAGUCAGGAGGUGGAGGUCGUAGAAGAGGGGGUCAGAGACACAGAGGCAAGUCCCUGAACAUGACGUUAGCAACGACGUUACCAUCGGCAACGACGUUACCAUCGGCAACGACGUUACCAUCGGCAACAACGUUACCAUCGGCAGUCGCUGCGGGGCCCCCUGCUGGGGGGCCAGGGACGGCUUAGACUCACACUCCCCCCCUCCACCCCACCCCCCCCUCUUUUUCUCAUCCUCUUUCUCUCGUUCUAAUCUCUUUUCCUCUACUUUUGUCUCCUUCCAUCUCCCCCCCUCCCCCUCCAUCUUAUUCUCCCUCCCCCUCCAUCUCCCCCCCUCCCCCUCCAUCUCCCCCCCUCCCCCUCCAUCUUAUUCCCCCUCCCAUCUUCCCCUCCUUCCCUCCCAUCUUACAUGCCAAAUCCGAGGAGCCCGACUCCCCCACGUGCACCAGACAGGCCCAGUGUCGAGUAGCGCUCUCGAACUCGCGUCUCCGUGGAAACGGAGAGGAAGUCCUGGUAGCAGAGAGAGACGUCCCAUCUCAGUCUGACUAGCGUUACGUUUCAGGGUGAAUCCCCCCCCUGCCUCUGUUGAAUCCUUUAGAACCAACACAGUUGAUAUUGUCGGGGUUUUCAUCCUAGAGUCAACAGAACCAGCCCUCCCCAACCUUAAACGACAUGCUCUAAUACUGCCGUCUUAAAACACAAACGAUGUUCGCCAUGACUCUGGUCGCUGUUCGGUAACCGCGACGGCGGGACAAAUCGUUACGUCUCGGUGGAGUGUGACCCCCCCACUAGGAGACUCCUGACAGUCAGACUCCCUCGACAAACUAACGAUGUAAUCAGGUUUAUAGGUUGAUAUUCUACGUGUUUUUUUUUUGUUUUUGUAUUGAUUUCAGAACACAUACACCUUGAUAAUAAGCUAAUUUGGACGUUUUUACAGACUGAGGUGUUUUCGCGCAUUAGCAGUAGUGGACAUGACGUUGCAGUUUUAAAUAAUUUUUGAAAGACGGAAAAAAAAAAAUCCCUUGAGUUUUGAUAUGGCUUCAUCAGGUUAUGGACGUUCAGCUACAGUUCAGCUGUUAUAAACUGUCUUUUGCCACCGAAGAGGGUUUCUUUUUUAUCUCUAUAAUCUUUAGUCUUUCCCCUUUGUGGAGAUGUCCUGGGAGAUGUCCUGGGGCUUUGGGUGUGCUUGAUUUGGUUCACUGGGCCACUGUCUGAUCGUCGCUAACUAAGCUAGGUCAAACCGUUUGCCUCUGGCUUUUUUGGGGGGUGUUUGAAUUUGAUUUAUCCAGGUCUGGAAAUAGAAACAUCUACUUCGUUUUGCUUCUCAAGACAACUUCAACCCUUCCUUUCAAUCUCAGCUACAGGGCCAGGAUCUCAGAAAAAAGAUGUCCCGAUUUGUUCCCCUGAAAAAAUUUUGUGCAUGAUUUAAUUUUAUUUUUGAAAUAGAAGGACACAUCUUGUGUGUGUGUGUAUGUAUGUACAAACAAAGAAAACAUGUGCAAAAGAAAAAUGCAAUUUAAACUUUAAAGUGGUGCCAGUUGGUGUUGUAAAUUCUUUUAAGUAAAAGAUGUUUCAGAAUAUGA